CCAUUCGCCCCCCAGCCGCGGUCCUCCGGCCCCCUGAGCCGGCGCCCUGCACCCCGCACAGCCCCAGGGCGAUCCCCCUCCGCCGGAGGAGCGGCCGCGGGACGGACGGACGGGGCUCUUGGGACGAGGUUUCAAGGUGACUCCCCUUUCGGCCUGGUUCUCAUCUGGGGGGGCCCCGGCUGUGCAGCCCCCCCAAACUCUUCCCACCCUGAAACACGGCUCUAACCAACCUGCUUCGCUGCUUCACCUGCGACCGACUGUGCGGGGGGUGCACAGCGCCCGCCCCCCCGCCCCGCCAGGGUAUUGUCCUCCAGCCUGUCAUGCCCAGCAGUGAGCCAGGGCCGCCCGCCGCCUGCCUGCCCACCAAGACCUUCCGCAGCUACCUUCCGCACUGCCACCGCACGUACAGCUGUGUGCACUGCCAGGCCCACCUGGCCAAGCACGAUGAGCUCAUCUCCAAGUCUUUCCAGGGGAGCCAUGGCCGAGCCUACCUGUUCAAUUCUGUGGUUAACGUUGGCUGCGGGCCGGCUGAACAGCGCCUCCUGCUCACUGGGCUUCACUCUGUGGCCGACAUUUUCUGUGAGAGCUGCAAGACCACCCUGGGGUGGAAAUAUGAACAGGCGUUCGAGACCAGCCAGAAGUACAAGGAGGGGAAGUUCAUCAUUGAGAUGUCACACAUGGUGAAGGACAAUGGCUGGGACUGAGGAGUGGGGGGGGGGUUGCAGCCACGGCCCCAGCAGCAUGGCCUCCCCCUCCCUGAUCACGCUGCCACAUUGCCCAUCCCAGCACGAGAACUCCCCUGCACAACGAUCGCCUUUCGGGAGCAGGGGAUCCGGGGACCUCGCCCCGCCCCCAGCACCAGGCAUGGACUGGGAGGCCAGCCCCGGGAUGCGAAUCCUGCUGGGCUCAGAGCCUGCAGGCACCGACCCCCUGCUAGCACUGUGGGGCACAGACCCCUGGGAACCUGACUCCUGCUGCUAGUGUCUACCCCAAUCGGGGAGUGGGAGUGUCUCCCCCAUUAGCUAGAGCCUGUCCUGUGAGAUGGGGAGCAAGGAGACACUUCCUUUGGUAUGGCGCUGAAGGGAACUGGUGGGGUGAGGGAGCUGAGUGCACCCACCCACUGGUGUGGGGUUGUGAGGGGAGAGGCCAGGAGGAUCAAAGCUGGCCCCCUGGUGUGGGGUGGAGGGCAUUAGCAUCAGAGAGCUCCCCUCCCACUCUUGGUAAUGAGGAUCACAGCCAGCCCCCCUCAGCAUGGGGCUCUGGGGUGGAGGGUGGAAGAUCCGAGUUGCCUCCCUCCCCAGCAUGGGCACGAGAACAGACUCAAAGCUGGCCCCCUCCCCACGUAGGGCUCUGGAUGAGAGGGAAAUGGGAUCAAGGAAGCCACCCCAGCCUGGGGCUCAGGGUGGCAUUGGGGGAGAGAAGGUAGGAGCAGGCCCCCCUGGCCUGGGGCUAGAGAGUCACCACAGGCCCCACUGGACUGGGGCUCAGUGUGGAGUGGGGGGCAGAGAGGGGCAGGGGCAGAGCCAGGCCCCCUGGCCCGGAGUGUGUGUGAGAAGGAGGAUCAGAAGCCGGCUCCUUGCCUGGGACUUGGAAUGAGAAAUUGGGGGAGAGGGUCAGAACUGGACCCCUGGCCUAGGGCUUGGGUUGGGGGGUGGGUGAGUCAGAGCUGGACCCCUGACUUAGGACUAUGAGUGGGAGGAGGGAAAGUCGGAGCAACCUGGGGCUUGGAGUGACAGGGUGGGAACUGGCCCCUCCUGGCCCUAGGCUUGGAGUCGGGAUGCGAUGGUCCAAGCCAGCCUCCCCAGUCUAGGGCUUGGACUUGGGGGGAGAGGGUGGGAGCCGGGCCCCUGGCCUGGGGUGGGAAGGUUGGAGCCAGCCCCCCUGGACCUGGGGCUCAGAGUGGGGGAUGAGAAGGUCGGAGCUUCCCCCUUCAGGCCUGGGGUGAAAGGGUCCAGAGCUGGGCCUGGGACUCUGCUGUUCAUUUCCCUGCUCCCGCAUCCCUCCCUUGGGCCUUCUUGCGCACUCCUUCAUGUCUGCUCUGGGCCAUUUGGGUCUGUGGGUCGCUGUGCCUUGGUGAUCCCUGGGCACUGCCCAUCCUUGCCCCCUCAUCGCUGCCAUGGGGUCUGGCCCGGGGGCCCCAACACUGUGGCACCAGCACCAGCGCACGCGGGUUUUGU